CCGGAAAAAGUACGCGACGCGAUCGGAAAUUGGCGUGCGUCGCCGCGGAAGGUUCUAAGUUCUAACCUCGUUGGAGCGAGCGAGAAAGAUGACCGUCCCCCUCACCGUCGAAUUCGGAGGCGGGGCGGAGCUGCUGUUCGACGGGAGGAAGCGGCACGAGGUGGACCUACCUGGCGAGGAAUGGACGCUCGAGCGACUGCUGCGUUGGCUGCGGGAUAACCUCCUGACGGAGCGGCCGGAGCUCUUCAUGCAGGGCGACACGGUGAGGCCGGGCAUCCUGGUUCUGGUAAACGACGUCGACUGGGAAUUGCUGGGUGAAGGCGAUUAUAAACUGUGCCCGCGGGACAGGGUGCUCUUCAUCUCGACGCUGCACGGAGGAUAGAAGAUACGAAUUUUCGAUACAGAAAAUUGACUAAUUGUAAGGAUAAAUGUAAUCCAUCCAAGCAUUGUCAACUUUUGUAAUAUGUAUCUAUGUAAAAUAUUUUAUAUUUCAAACCGUUGCAUUUUAAAUGCGACAUGAGAAAAUUAAGUACUUUCUUUUGCAAAGUUUAUAUCAGUAUCAAGUAAUUGUUUUAUUUCAUCACAAUCAUCGGUCAAAACUUGCAAACUCAUUUCAUUAUAAUUGAAAUGUUUGUGGAGAAAGUUGUAAUCUUUAUUCUGAAGGGCCAGAACUUGUAUGCAAGUUUUGCCUUGAAGAAACGAUACUUAUCACUAGUUGCCUUGAGAUAAAUUCAUGUCUCAUAAAUUGUAUUGCUAUCGGAAUGGAAUAUUUUCAUACUCAAACUUCUUAGCAUAUCUUCUUGUACAUAUGAUGUGACAAAUCCUGAAAUCCUUGGUUCUUUGCUUGAUAGAUGAAUGCUCUAACAUUGAACUUUACAGUGCUCUAUAAUUAUAAUGUUACAUUAUGAAAAAUAAUUGGGUUGCUUCGCAAAGAUUUCUUUAGUAAAAUCAAUAUUUGUAUUUUACAAAAAGUAUAAAUUUGUUCUCGGACAAGCGUUCGGCCUACACACCUAAGAAUACACAUUUAGUUCGGUGUUCCAUCUGAUACCCAAUGAAUAUGCGACUGAUUUUCUUUGCGUUUUACCUUAACAAUUUGACUACCACCGGGUUCACUUGUUAUUUAUUUUCAUGUAUUUCUAUUUUCCCACUUGACUUCUCCCUACAUUAAUAAACCAGCUGCUAGUUGGGUGUAAUUGUCUUUCUUAUUGUCAAUUUGUACUUUAAUACCAGAUACUAUUCAGUUUACAUGGUAACUCGUAAACUAUCAUAUUGAUCUGUCAAGUCAUCACGUUUGUGUGCGCGAGUUAAUUGAAACUUUUAAAUUGCACCAAUUAGUGAUAUAUCAGUCGACUUUAUUUUAUAAUCACGCGUGAAUUGCAUGUUCCCCUUGUUGGUUUCGCGUUAUCAUUUUUUUGUAAACGUGAGAUAUUUAUUCCAACAUGACGUUUAUCAGAUUCGCGUAUGAUGCAAUUCGAUGGAUAUUUAAUUAAAAGCGAAAAUUGCCCAAGUUUGAAAAAAAUCUGUUUUUGAUAAAUUGAGAUAUUUGUAAACGAAUAAGGUAAAAUACAUUUUUUGCGUACUUUAUAUCACAUAAAGUAUUUGAACUGUGAAAUUAUUUUCCGGUCAACGUUUGUAAUUUCAUUGGCACUUGCCUUUCAAAGCUACGUCUAUUCUUUUUCUAGUCUCCUAGCUGUGAACACAGUCAUUACAUAGUGUAUAUAAAUAUAAGAGAUACACCAAUAUUUAUAUACAUUACAGGCUUGCAUAGUUUUACGCUCAUUACCUCGAAAUUGUCUAACAACACGAGGUAGCACGCACUUCUCUUUUGUUGAAAGGAAAGAGCGAUGAAAAAUCGCUAGAAAAAUCUUGUCAAUUGCGAGAUGGCUGUGUUUUAUGUCGGCACACAUGUUUGGACAUGUUUGGUGCCUCUAGAAAUUUCAAUCACAGAUCUGCAGCUUUUAACGGUAAUCUUGAAUGUACAAUGCAAAUCUGUAUUACCGUAAUGUAUUACGUUGCUUCAACUUUAUGUAUGUUUGCACAUAAUCGAGAGCCUAAUUAAAAAUCCAAGACAAUGUUAUACUUUUCUUUAACGAUUAGCGAAAGCUAUUCCGACGUUGCUUGUAAUUAGAGAAAUACUUGCUAUUUUAAAAGAACCAGAGUGCGUGCAAUAAUACAUCUUUUGUUAAAAAUUAUACAAAUAUUAGCACGAGCAUAUUAAUAUUUUACGUGCAUCGUUUUACAAUAUUUUUGUUUCACAAAGCGUGAGGUAUCUUUGAUACAGUCGAUCGCCUCGUGUGCUCUGUAAAUCUCAAGUGAUGAAGGCAAGUGGCUUCUAAUUAAAGCGAACGGGGGAAAGGGGAGGAGAAAGUCUCGUUAGUAUAUAUCAAACUCGUAGUUAGUUGACGUAUCUAUGAAAUAGAUUUCACGACACCGGAACCAAUCAAUCGCCGGCGGAUCGAUGGGAUCCACCACUGUGCCGUAUAAUAAUCUAGCGAUAUACAAUGGCGCCAAUUAAUCACGCGCAUGAGCCGCGCGGAAAAUCGGGAAGGGGAGGAGGGAAAGAUCCUAACGAGCGUCGAUCUCUCUCUCUCUCUCUGCGUACUUUUCGAUCCUUUCGCGUGCGUGCGCGCGUGCACGCGUGCGGUCGCAUGUGGGCGAGUAUGCGAAACGCAUCCGCCUAUCAACGGAGGCCUGAGUGUGUCGCAAUCGCUAAUGGCCUGGCGGGGUUGGAUGGUCCAGUGAUUAAUUGUGUCACCCGUGAUUACAUUACGGACGCUGCGGAUCCACUAUAUUAUAUACGGUUAUACGUGCGUGUAGCGGGCGGAUUGCGCGUUACGUACGUGCCGCGCGAUGCGCCGCGACGCGACGCACGAGGAAACGCGCUUGUAACAAGUCGGCUGCGACAGGGAUGGCGGUGGAAACGGCGAACCGUCCGCUAAUCCGCAAUUGCAAGGUACACCUCGCGACCAGAUGACGCAUGGCGAAGAAAUGCCUUGCUAAUGCACCACGACCGGCUCGCGCGAAUAUCACGGGGCUUCUCGUAUUUACUCGCCGGUCCCUGAUGCUUGUCUGAAAGCACCCCGCGUAUUUCAUAGUCCAUAAUCUCUACGCGUAGCUGCAUACUUCCGGGGUGGUUCGUGAGUGGCGUGUGAAACGGGAGGGCAGGAGGAGGAAUUCCUUAUUUAAAUGUGAAAAUCUUUAUGGAAGAAUGUUUCUAUGUUGCGCGUAAUGGAGAAGAAAGAUCCUUUCUCGAACUAAGCUUUCAAGACUGCUGUAAAUGUGGAUAAUUUUUAUUCUUCGUUUAACUCCCCCGAAGGGGGGCGGAAUCUUCACGCAUACAUUUUUCCACCUACAUGUGGUGGGGGGGAGUGACUUAUAUGCGGGUGGAAAAAUGUCCCUUCGGGAGGGCUCCACUUCGUUAAGAUAUAACCCUACCCACACUAACUCGAAACUGAGAUAAUUUUGUAUACGUAUCGUCUACAUUGAUACGCUUGAAAAAACUUUAAUUGUGUUCACAAUUCAUUAAAAAUAAAAUAUUCAAUAAGUAAUUUUUAUUAAAAUGUGUGACUAUGACAUUGUCGACUACAAUAUAGACAGAUUGCUUGAAUUAGUUGACAUUUUUAAAAAUAAUAUAUAUUUUAAGGCGAGGAAAAUAACAUCGAACGCGAUAUCCAUGUGUUCACUAAAAAGAUAUUGAAGAAACGUGUUUAGUUAAAGUGUUAACGAUGUAUACGUGUAAUUUCAAGCUUAUCUCAAAGUUAAAAAACGGCAUUGUACAACAUGCAUUUCGCAAUAUUCUUCUAUAAGGGUUUGUCAGGCAUAGAUAAAGAAGUAAUUUUAUAAGAUAGUUAAAAAAAUCCUAGUGCACGAUCUCUAUGUCGACACGUUGAUUAUAUCCAAAUUGUGAACUCUAUAGCAUAAAAAGUAAUAAAAAAGAGGCUCCGACGCA